AUGAUCACCUAUGUUACUCACCCAUGGGUCAUAACGAAUGAAACAACCGGAGCGGCCAUAGGAAUUUGGCACCCAGCUCCGAGACGUGCUCAAUCUCUGGUGUCAGAUCAUAGGGAUGCUCCGGAAGUGGACGUUGGCGUUAUAAAAUGUGUAGAUAUCAUUGCCAAUGGAUCACCCCCCUCGAAAGAGCGACUGCCCGUCCCCCUGAUUCCUGUACACCCCUGCCCUCGUAAUUCCUGUUGCUCCUCUUGCGCAUCAACAACCAUUGAAUCACGGGACAUGUAUGCCGACCGAACUUUUAUUCAGACGGGUCUUGAGGAGACACUUUCAACAUUUUGGAAUGAAUAUACAAACACCCUGAGUACCAAGAGUUCUAUUUUUAUCGCGACUCAUCCUCGGAAUCCACUUCGAAUCGCCUAUAUAAACGAUGAAGGAGCCCUCACUGGCGUCAUCAGAACCCUUCAUCCCGGUCAGGCGAAUCACGAUACAAUGAGCACCUCUUCCCGUCGACUUAAACCCCGCGCUGGGAACUUUCGUAUCGAUUUCAUCAAUAAUAAUGUCACCUUUGCGGUGACGGGUAGACUUGCUGCUGGAAGUGGACUCACGAUGAGCGCCCCAGAUUCCGCAAACCAUUCCCAAGUGUUCACCCAAGCAGGAAACUAUAUCCAAUCGGCAUAUUCUGGUUACUACACCGCUCCGAACAAUGGUUUAUCUCAGCCAGGGCAGGCAGUCGUAUAUGCAACAUCCGGUUAUAAAUGGUUCUUUGAGGCAGUCCCUGGAGACACGCUAAAUAGGGUUUAUAUCAGGGAUGCCAACGGGUCAGGUUACGCCUGGUCGGUCUCUGGCUCAAAU